AUUAAACGCAGUUCAUUCUAUUUAUAGCACUUCAGAUGUUGCGCCUUGUGCGCGUUUGUUGCAUGCCACAGUCAGUUUUUGAACAGUCAACGCAAUGGCAACGUUCGGAGUACGCGGCAUGAGCCAGCCGCUGGGCAUAAAGAUUUGCUGCUGUCGCAUCUGCACUUGCAUCAAUUUUGGCUUUGUGCUCUCACGCGCCGGACUGCUGAAGGUAAUGCAACUGGGUUUGGCCAUGUUAACCGAGGGUUUGCUUAUACGCUACGGCGUGCCCUAUGCCGAGUCCAUAGGUCAGGCGUUGACCAGUUUUCUAGCCACUACGGGUCACUGCUUUACAACAACAGGCAUUUUGCUAAUUUGCUAUUGCUUCUCGGAUAAAUCCUAUGCACUUAUACGUCAGUCGCUGUUUGAGACUUUGUUCAAUGCGCUGGCGAGUUGCAUGUACUUUAGCUCGGCCAGCUACAUGGGAUUUGCCUGCGUCGUUUGGCUGCAUCCGCAAUUCCUAGUGCGUCCUGGUUUCUGGGCAUAUCCAGCGAUGACAGCUGCCUAUUACAUGGGCUAUGCUGCUGGACUGCUGCAUGCCAUUGAUGCGUUUUUAGCUUUUAGACAUUUUAGAGGCAUACGCAAUUAACUAAAGCAGCAG